AUGUACGUGGGCAGCAGCGGCGACGUCGCGCUGGACGGCGCCAGCUUCAGCGAGUGCACGGCUGGCGAUCGCGGAGGAGGUAUGUACGUGUACAGCAGCGGCGACGUCGCGCUGGAGGGCGCCAGCUUCAGCGAGUGCACGGCUGCCAAUGGCGGAGGAGGUUUGUGGGUGUACAACAGCGGCGACGUCUCGCUGGAGGGCGCCAGCUUCAGCGAGUGCACGGCUGACACUAAGCGGGAGGCGAAGGCAGAGGGACAAUGGGGUGGCGGGUCCCGCCUUCCCCAAAGGGCCGCUCUGGGCUUUGCCCCCCCUCUCGCUCCCUGA